AACCUUUAUUGCUCACAAGGAAUAUUAACAUUAUUUCGCAACAACUUUUUAAGAAUGCAAUUACAUCUAACUCAUUCAACAAAUGUCAAUCACUUAACGAAGCUGCAAAAAACGCGCAUAUAAUUACAAAUAUAAUAUUUUCUCCUAACCCUUUAAUUGCUAAUACCAUUGCUGAAUUUAACAUUUCGCUUUCAACAUCUAAUUUCAUAUUUAAGAAUGAUACUUUCAUGAACAUAUAUGUUAUAGCAGACUCAAUACCAAUGUACUAUGGUCGUAAAGAAACAAAUUUUUGCACUAAUCCUGAUAAUUCUGAUUGUCCAAAAGAAGACUUUAUCAAAAUGUUAUAUGUAGAUAUAAAUAGUGGUUUAGUAACUGCACCUAGUGAUUAUCGGAUUCAAAUUUGGCUUACUGAUUUUAAUGAUCGUAAUGCUUAUCUUGAUUAUGCUGCUGACUGUCUGGAAGCUAAUUUUAGUAUUUCUACAACACAAUCCUCAUUUUAUCAGCUUAAAAUAUAA